AACAUUUUCCCAUGAGCACUCCCCAAACUAUCUAUACUGUCACAUCGCAGGGCUUACGGCGUAUUAUUGGUAACAGUGAAUGUACUCUGUCGCAUCUUUACACUAGUAUAUGGGGUUACGCGAGGUUGCACGGUCUGAAAAGGCCCCGAGGGACUUUCCAAACGGAUGAUCAGCUUGCGGUUGUCUUUGGUAGAAGAGGAAUCAUUCAUUACGAUGAGCUUCCUGCGCUCAUAUCUCCGUUGAUCUCGCUAGGGCGAGCGCCAGUUCAAAACAAAACAAUAGAGCAAACAGAUUGUGAAGUGCGUCGACCGAAGUUGUAUAUACCAAAUGCUGAGUUAAAGGCGGUUCUUGAAACUAACAGGCAAGAGGAAAUAUGCACUUUUGAGGAAGCUGUGAAUGGUGUGAAAAAUUAUGCUAUUGCGAAGGGCCUUAUUCUGGAGGUCCACCCGGUGUUUAUCGUUACUGACCAAACACUGCGUCCGCUGUUUCCUAUGGCUUCAGUACCGCUUGGUUUAGUAGGCAAUUUCAUAUGGUAUGCACUCACGCCGUCUACUAUAACAACGACAGAUUUCCCGAAAGAAUAUUUCAACCCGCAAACUGCAGCGAUGAGGCCGAACUCAGCUCUAGCCAGGAUCGUUGGUGAAGCCCCGCAGUUUCCUCAAGAACUUCUACUUGAAGUGGCAGCUUAUGUGCUCCGAAAUGGUCUUCAACGAGAUGGACGUGUUUGGGUUGACGAUAAACUUGCCGCAUUAGAUCCAACUUGGCACUGUGGAAGUACAAUAAGUAAAUUGAAUCUCUUCAGACGUGUGGUUGGGAAUACUACAAACGUGGAAACUGACGUGGUACAGCUUCCUCGUCACCAUCCCUUGAGACGUGAGACGGCUUUAUCGAAGAUAUUUGAGGUCGGUCGCAGUGAACACCGGGCCUAUGAUUAA